UUGAAUUUCAUAUUUUCCUAUGGCGAUUCUCCCGCAAACACCGCUGGAAACCCCGGUUGUACAAUAUGGAAUGGAGCCUCUGCAAGUUCCAAGUUCAUCAAGCAACACCGCUAGAAAGCGUAUGCUGGUAUCUCAGAGGUUCUUAUCAUCAUCCUUUUCGUUAACCGACUCCUCUAACAUAGAAACCGGUCCUCCUCUCGCCCAAUCUACCGAAGCACGUUUCCGACUCCGGAGAGGAUUUCUAUCCUUACCAAUCGAAUUGCGAUACGAGAUUUAUUCGUUCUUACUCGUAGUGGACCCAAGCAUGGAUGCCUCCGAUGAUCUAAACAAGCCUCUGGACAAAGUGCUAUGUCUUCAGAUUCUGCAGCUUAAUAGACAGAUUCGUGAGGAAGCAUUACAUGUAGUGCUGCACAAGAACGUGUGGAUUCACUUCCAGAUAGGACCUAUCACCGUAUCGCAAUAUGAUAGCUAUCAUAUAUACCAGCUUGGGGAUAACAGACGUUAUUCCCAGCCGAAUAUUUCCGUCAAUGGGUUUUUGGCCGAAAGAGUGAGGCAAAGACUUGUCGCAGACGUGAAAAUUACCCAGAGGUCGGAAUUAGUGGAGGAGCGGAUGUGGGAUGCAGGGGAGAGAGCUGAAGUCCGUAAAGAUAUCCUCUUUGCAUACAAUGAGGGUCGCUAUAACCAUCUGUGCCAUCUAAUCCGGAGAUUCGGAUCUCGCGCCAUCAAGUGUCUUAACAUUUCUGUCCGUUUCCCGGAGCAUAAGUUCUGGAGACCGCGGAGCUCGAACAUGCGACUAGGGCUCGUAGAAUUAUUGCUUCGGACCAAGAACACCCUUUCGUUCACAAUCCAUGGAGCUGCAGAGUUACAGGAUAGCUUUAAAAUUGCAGCAGAUGAAUGGCGGUCAUACUCGCAGAAUGUUUGUGCUUCAAAACAAUUCAACGACGAACUAGAGGAAAUUAUAUCAGAGUCUGCAAUUGAGUUAAACCGAGGCCUUUACAACGGCGUCAGAUGUCGUCUCAGUUACGUUGAUGACAUUCGAGCUAUCCAUUCCCAGAUAGUUGUGGAAAAUGAUCCCGAUGAAGAGGCUCGCAAGGAGGCUCUGGAGAGGGAUGUGUUCGUCAUCCAGGUACUCUCCAUUGCACUAGACGAGAAACAUCAGCCAAAUAGCGCGGCCAACUUUGUUAGGAAGCUCGAUUUAAUGUGCGAAACAAUGUGGUUCCGUGAGGGAGAUCGCGCAGGUCUUCUAGACUAUGCUUGCGCAUUCCUAAAGCGAGACGCUCUCGAUCUACCUGGCAUUGAUGUCCCAUGA